AUGACGGAAGUACCCAACGAUUCGUCCAUUGCUGCAUUAAUCCUAGACCUGAAGAAAGAUGCUGUCUUUGGGAUUGACGGCCAGUCCAUUGCUUUGCGAAGUGAUGACUUUAUGGGCGUGUCUGGUUUGGUGGCUGGUGAUCUUCACCUGUUAUUGGCAAAAGGAAAUCAUUCCUCCACUUUGAUUUCAGCAUUUUUGCUCUACCCAGAAUCACAACAAGCACAAGAAUCUGCAUUUGUCAGACGAUAUAAUCCACAGACGGAAGAAGUGUCCGCACAGCCGCUGGACCAGCUUACUCAUGACAACUUGCUGAGUCAGUUGCCAGAAAUGGUCGCCUCCCCAACCAACCCAAGAGUGCUUCCCUACGACAAGAUUGUAUCAGAAGACCAAACCAGGCAAUGGAAAAAUCAAACCAACCAUAUAGUUUCCUCUGGCAUUCUACGGAUACGCAAAAUUGUCAGUGGUGAAAAGCUGGUUCCUGGUGCCUAUGAAACGGAAGAUCAGAAGCUGCUGUCGAUUUCCCACCACCAACAAGAACAAACUCCGACGGACGGAAAAUCAAUUUCAUACCCAGCAAUUCCGGUAGUUGAUCCCUCUCUAUCUAUAUGGAAGACCAAGCAUGCCGGAACGAAGCGUUACCUGAAACAACUAACGGCUACCGACCGAACCAGUCUCUUUAUGGAUGACAAUUCACCAAUUUCCAACCGCCUACUUGAUAAUGUCCUCCAGAAGGAUUACGAAGAAAAAUGGCAAGCAAUACUGGGAGAUUUGCAAUUGUCAUAUACGCUCUUUCUGUAUAUGCAAUGUUUUGCAUCCUUGGAGCAUUGGAAAGACUUGGUGGCCAUGAUCUGUUUGGUGGAUUGGAAGGGAAUCAAGGCUCAUUCCAACUUUUACAAUGCUUUGUUGAAUGUGCUUCCUUCUCAAAUCAGUAGCAUUGAUGAAGGUUUCCUAGAGGAUAUGGAAGAAGCUGGAAACAACUUUUUGUUGCCACUGCUAGGAGGACUUUGUCGGAAUAUGGUUCUUUCAGGUGUCGUGGAAUCCAAAGCGCUCCAGCAAUUUCAUGACCUCUUGAUGAGUCGAUUUCCCAAUAGCUUUUCACCAGACGACCAAGUUAUAACAACCACAAAAUCAAGCACACCCAGGACGACACCACCUCCUUCGUUACAAGUGGAACAAGUUUUGGGUUUUCAUGAUGAUGGCAUGGAAGAAGACGAUGAUGACGACGAAGACGCACCCGUAGUAGUUUCGACUGAAGACGUUCAAGCAUCCUUGGCACGAUCUUCUGAAUUUGCUAACAACCACAGCAAUAUUUCCAAAGAGAUCCAACGAGGAUAUCCUUUGCUAGUGGCGGCAAUCAUGCCACAAGAAGACAUUCUAAUGGCAUGUGCCCGAAUAUUGGACGACAAACGGGAUGUCUCCUUGGUUCGAGAAGCGGCUGCCUAUCUUGAAGAAGUCGAGCAACGAACGUAA